GGGGGUCUCUCACUGACUGAGAGCUUACCAGUUGGCUAGUCUGGCUAGCCAGCAAGGCCCAGGGAGGCUUCUGUCUGCCUCCCCAGCAAAGCAAUCACAGAUAUGUAAUGUUGUACUGGCUUUUCAUGGGUCCCGGAGAUCAAACUCAGGUCCCGAUGCUUGUGAGACGAGCAGUUUUACCAACUGAGCCUUCUCCGCAGCCCAUCCCUGUCCCUUUGGUCUUGAAGAUGGUCUUGCCAUGCAGUCUGGUCCGGUCUUGAACACUCAGUCCGAAGCACCUGCCACCGCAGCCAAUCCCAGCUCUGCCCGGGCUCUUCUCCCAUCUCUCAGCAGCAUGCAUAGUAGGGUACACACCCCAGCCUGUUACUAAUCAGUGGGGGGACCCCAAGGAAGUCAUCAGAAAAGUGGGGCAACCGUUAUAUGGUCGGGGUUCUUCCGAGAGGCAGAGUGCACAGUCAUGUACCCCACAACAGCAUGCAGCCAGUCAUGGACCACCGAGCCCAGUGGGAAAAUGUAGACAGGUUUUGUUGCUGUUGAUUUAUUUAUCUUUAUUUUAUGUGUCUGAGUGUUUGUCUGCAUGUGUGUAUUUGUGCCAUGUUUGUGCCUGGUUGCCCUCAGAGACCAAAGAGGACAUCAGAGACCCUGGAACUGAAAUUACAGACAUUUGUGAGCUGCCACUCACACUACCAGACCAGGAAGGAAUGUGGAUUCCUGACAUCCAAGAGCCAUCAACUCCAGAUCUUCCUCCUGUCAAAGCCCUAACUCUACAGGAGUUUCCUUUUCCUCACAGGCCUGCCUUCUUCCCCAAACACCCUCAAAUACCCAGAAAUGAAGCCUUUCCGGCUACCUGGCUACUCCUGAGCGUGACGACACCCAAAAAUAAUCCUCACAAUGAUAACAGCAAUUACUCAUUCAUAGGAAUCUUAAGGAGACACCCUCCUCAGGCAGGAAGCCUGUUCCACACAUGCCCACCCUCCAAAGAAGUCUAAAUUGGAGAGCCCUGGCCUUUGGUGUCCUGAAAGAGAUGGUAUUGCAGAUGUCCCACACUGGAUUCUGUUUCUCUUUCCUUCCUGGAACAGCAUCACACACCUGGCCACACCCACACCCGCUCACCUGCGUGGCUCAGGAAUUGGCUCCGCUGACUGAAUUUGCCUCUGCGGGGUACAUUUUAUCUUCAUCUCUUCAUCUCUUAUGGACGUAUUAUCAAGGACAGUAUGUGUAAGCCCGGCUUAAAAAGCAGAGAGCCAUGCAGCUCGGGAGACACUUGGGACUUGACCAUGGCAACACUAUUCGCUACUGGGUCUGGUGAUCAUGAUGCUGGGCUUGGCCACAGCUUGUCCUGUCCCUCCUUCCAAGCCCCCUCCAGGCUUAGAAGAGGCUGUCACAUCAGCAUUUUCCAGUCCAUAUCACAACCCGAGCUAGACGUCUUCAAGAAUGCCCCAGAAGCUUUGGAAGAAUCACUGCCUCAGAAGAAGGUUCAGUGCGGCACCAGGCUCUCUCCCGGUGGGUGGAAACUGGCCCAGCUGCCGGUCCAGGAGCGCCCCGAGGCCUUGCAGGCUGAGCUGAACCUCACACUGAAGGUCCUGGAGAACGUGACUGACCCGGGCCUGGGCCCCAUCCUGGACCAGCCUCUUCUCACCCUGAACCACAUCCACUCACAGCUGCAGGCCUGUACUCAGCCUCAGCCUGCAGCAGAGCCCAGGCCCCCCAGCCGCCGCCUCUCCCGCUGGCUGCACAGGCUCCAGGAGGCCCAGGAGAAGGAGACCCCCGGCUGCCUGGAAGUCUCUGUCACUUCCAACCUCUUCCGCCUGCUCAUCCGGGACCUGAAGUGUGUGGCCAGUGGAAACCAGUGUGACUCAGUUUCGUGGCCUGGCACAGCGUAUCCAAGACUCUGAGCUCUAUCCUAGGUCCCACCCUUGCCUUAACUUAUUUCCACUAACCCUUUAUUUAUGAAGCUGCAGCCCAGGUUGGGUUUAUUUUCUUGUUUUCAUACAAUAUGUAUGCAAAUAAACAGUGAGUAAUUGGA